AUGCUGACCCGCCUGUUCAGCGAGCCCGGCCUGCUCUCGGACGUGCCCAAGUUCGCCAGCUGGGGCGACGGCGACGACGACGAGCCGAGGAGCGACAAGGGCGACGCGCCGCCGCCGCCGCCGCCGGGGCCGGGCGCUCCGGGGCCCGCGCGGGCCGCCAAGCCGGGGCCUCUGCGGGCCGAGGAGGCGCCGGACGCCGCGCUGGCCGAGGUCAAGGAGGAAGGCGAGCUGGCGGGCGAGGAGGAGGAGGACGAGGAGGAGGAAGAAGGGCUGGAGGAGGCCGAGGGCGAGCGGCCCAAGAAGCGCGGGCCCAAGAAGCGCAAGAUGACCAAGGCGCGCCUGGAGCGCUCCAAGCUGCGGCGGCAGAAGGCGAACGCGCGCGAGCGGAACCGCAUGCACGACCUGAACGCGGCGCUGGACAACCUGCGCAAGGUGGUGCCCUGCUACUCCAAGACGCAGAAGCUGUCCAAGAUCGAGACGCUGCGCCUGGCCAAGAACUACAUCUGGGCGCUCUCGGAGAUCCUGCGCUCGGGCAAGCGCCCCGACCUGGUGUCCUACGUGCAGACGCUGUGCAAGGGCCUGUCGCAGCCCACCACCAACCUGGUGGCCGGCUGCCUGCAGCUCAACUCGCGCAACUUCCUCACGGAGCAGGGCGCGGACGGCGCGGGCCGCUUCCACGGCUCCGGGGGCCCGUUCGCCAUGCACCCCUACCCGUACCCCUGCUCGCGCCUGGCGGGCGCGCAGUGCCAGGCGGCGGGCGGCCUGGGCGGCGGCGCGGCGCACGCCCUGCGGACCCACGGCUACUGCGCCGCCGCCUACGAGACGCUGUACGCGGCGGCGGGCGGCGGCGGCGGCGCGAGCCCGGACUACACCAGCUCCGAGUACGAGGGCCCGCUCAGCCCGCCGCUCUGCCUCAACGGCAACUUCUCGCUCAAGCAGGACUCGUCGCCCGACCACGAGAAGAGCUACCACUACUCUAUGCACUACUCCGCGCUGCCCGGCUCGCGGCCCGCGGGCCACGGGCUGGUCUUCGGCGCGUCCGCCGUGCGCGGGGGCGUCCACUCGGAGAAUCUCCUGUCCUACGAUAUGCACCUGCACCACGACCGGGGCCCCAUGUACGAGGAGCUCAACGCGUUUUUCCAUAACUGA